AUGAGCUUGCACGGCCCGAACAGUACUCCUUCAAAUUCGAAUGAAUCCGUCGGCAAACUUGCCAUAGUCCGCACUUCUAAUCAAACCUCCUCCAACAACACCGGAAGUGUCGGAGACGGCGAACACCUGGAGGAAAUCGAUGUCGAUUUUGCUGCAGAAUAUGAUGAAGAAGCGGACGAUGGCAUCGAUCAGCCUCAAAUGGGAACUCGGGCAGAUAAGUCCUUAGGUCUUUUGACCCAACGAUUUAUACGAUUAUUAGAGUGUUCUGCUGGCGGGAUUUGUGAUUUGAAUCAGGCAGCGGAGGCAUUGAACGUCCGGCAAAAGAGGCGAAUUUACGAUAUAACAAAUGUUUUGGAAGGGAUUGGGCUCAUUGAGAAGAAAUCUAAAAAUGUUAUACAAUGGAAAGCUGGUGAUUUGCUCAAAGCCGAUGAAAAAGAAGAUGAACCUGGUGUGAUUUCUCAUCUCGAAAGUUUACAAUCAGAAAUGGCGCAGUUGCGAGAUGAGGAGAAUGCUUACGAUGAACACAUCAAAUGGCUUCAACAGAGUAUGCGGAACGUGUGUGAAUCGUCAAAAAACCAACGAUGUGCAUACAUAACCCAGGCAGACCUUCAGAAAGCGUUUCCUUUCUCCAACACGUUCGCCGUGCAGGCGCCUCCUGGAACAAACGUGGAAGUGAUACCGCCAAGGUUCGGAGGCGUCACUGAAUCACGUUAUGUGCUUCGAUUAUCGAGCUCAUGUGGUCCUAUUACUGCCGUUUUUGCGAACAAAUCUGAGAGUCGAGCCAGGGUCUACAGGGCAGUCGUGGAUCCUAGCCGAUAUCCGCAGGUUGAACAUGGGCUAUACACCUCAGUCAGAGAUGAUUCCGUUCCAGUCUUUGAGGAAGAUGACGAAGAAACAUCAAGGACAUCACGAAGGCGACGAAUAGAAGAAGUGAAGAGUGAUCGAUCCACGACGGGAAGUUCAUUAAUACAAAUCCAACCGCCUCCUAACCAUGAAGAUUACCAGUUUCGGGUCAGAAAUUAUAGCAGUGCUUUUGACUUGUUUGUUGAUGAGAUAUAG